UUGACCCUGCAGGCUGAAAGGAGGGGACAACCCAGAACCGAGCUCAUUCCUGCUCGCACAGUCAAUGCCGGAGAGAGUGUCCGCUGGUUCCGAUGAAACAAGUCGGCUUUAACUCGGGCUGCUAUUCCUAACUCGGUCCGAUCAUUCCGUCACAUGCGCUGACACGACUCCGACAAAACGCAACAUCCCGUCGGGCGGCGGACGGAUCGUUUCGGCUGCUUUGACACAUUGUGAGCACAGAGAAGAAGACUCGGAGAGGAGGGGAAGAUGUUGCUGAAGGAGUACAGGAUAUGCAUGCCCCUCACAGUGGAGGAGUACCGGAUUGGGCAGCUGUACAUGAUCAGCAAACACAGCCAUGAGCAGAGUGAUCGAGGGGAAGGGGUGGAGGUCGUCCAGAACGAGCCGUAUGAAGACCCGGCGCAUGGUCAAGGACAGUUCACAGAGAAACGAGUCUACCUCAACAGUAAAUUACCCAGCUGGGCUCGAGCAGUGGUUCCCAAAAUCUUCUAUGUGACAGAGAAAGCCUGGAACUACUACCCUUACACCAUAACAGAAUACACUUGUUCAUUCCUGCCCAAGUUCUCCAUCCACAUAGAGACAAAAUAUGAGGACAACAAAGGAUGCAAUGACAAUAUCUUCGACACCGAGCUGAAGGAGCAGGAGAGGGAGGUGUGCUUCGUCGACAUCGCCUACGAUGAGAUCCCUGAGCGCUACUAUAAAGAGUCUGAGGACUUGCGAUAUUUCAAGUCCCAGAAGACGUCACGAGGGAUGCUUCAGGAAGGCUGGAGGGAUACGCAGGAUCCCAUCAUGUGCUCGUACAAGCUGGUCACUGUCAAGUUUGAGGUUUGGGGCCUGCAGACACGAGUGGAGCAGUUUGUACACAAGGUGGUUCGAGAUGUGCUGCUGCUGGGACACAGACAGGCCUUUGCCUGGGUAGAUGAGUGGAUAGACAUGACGAUGGAUGAGGUGAGAGAGUUUGAGCGCGCCAUCCAGGAGGCCACCAACCAGAAGAUUGGGAUGUUUCCCCCGUCGAUCUCCAUCAGUGAGACGCCCCUGUCCUCCUGUGCCCUCACUGGACCCGCCAGUGCCCCCUCCACCCCGAUGUGCACUGAUGCGCCAGAGUCCCUCUCUGUCCCAAAGGACCGACCUCGCAAAAAGUCUGCUCCGGAAACCCUGACCCUUCCUGACCCUGCUCCAAGCACCACCCCCCAGAGCUCUACCUUGAGCCCGGUACCCGUUUCAAACCACCUCCAGUCAUCCACGCCACCCUCCAGCUCCGACCUCGCUGAGAUGGACGAGCAGUAGAGGGACCUUGGAAUGUUAUCCCCCACCCUUUGUUUUACUUAUUCUCUCCAGACCCUAUGUCUUACGAGCCCGAUGAGACCUCCAAACACCAGUGCCCAGACAUCCAAGUUCUCUAGCCAUAUCCAGUAUCCAACAAUCACUCUAGAAGUCUUCAUCAGUGUCAUUGAUGCCAUCCAGGCAGCUGUAGGCUCAGCCAUCUUGACAUGGCUGACUUUCUGUUCCAGCCGCAUUUAUUCUAAGAACCACAUGUGAUAAUUAGGCAAAACAAGCAACGUUAGUAGUGAUUUUUGUUGAGUGGCAGUUCUUUAUUUGAUGUAAAUAAAUUCUUCUCAUUGUGUCUAUAGAUAUAAUUUCUUCAAUCAGACAAACUGGCCAUUAACUUUGAAGUAGUUGCCUUAACACCACAGAGCCAAUGGUGUUUAUUCGUUUUGACAAAGUGUGGAAAGGACUGACUGACAAAUACUAUCCGUUUUCAGUGAGUGAAAUGACUGUUGGCAUUAAUUUAAAAAAUACUGAAUGACACAAACUAGAGUAGCACAGUAAAUGUAAUCCACUAGAAUAACACACAUUGGAAAGACAGCCAAGUAUUCUCAUAAAAUCCACCUAACUGUUCUCUUGAGCCGUCCAAACUGGCAUGUGGAUAAGAUUGUAUCCAUCCUUUCCAUUUCAAAGUCCAGUUAUAUAAGAGAUGCAAGAUAAGUACAAUCAUAGAGUGAACACACCUCAGGUCUCCCCGACUCUGCCUGGCCUGCACUCCAAAAGCAGGGAUGUCACUGUAUCUUUCUCUCCCUGCUUGUUGCCAAACACGUGCAUUUUAUACCUCCACAGAUAUUAUAAUACAGUAACUCUUCUAUGUACUAUACCUGUCUCCCUAACCCUAGGAUUGUUUACACAUCAGAAACCUUUGGCAUAUUAGCAGUAACGUUUUAGAUUAAUCUGUUACAUCUGCACUUGCGUCUCAAACACGACAGGUUAAUGAUAACACAACCGAACUUGUUGAAGUUUAUUUCUAUGUGUAUCUUAUUAAAAUUGACUGAGAGGUCAGUACCACAAAAGUACUUUAUAAUUACAAAGUCUAUUGUUGCCUGAAACUAAUGCUGGACAUCUCAUGUGACAUAAAUGUGAUCCACUGCGACUGAAUCAGCAAAUCACAUUUGUGUCACAUGCAGGAAUACAGCCAUUUUGAGGAGUUUUUUUUUAAAAAAUCACGACUACUCUUCGUGCACAGUGGAGGUGAUGGAAACUCUGAUUGGUUUGAGAAGGGCACAUGCAUCAAGCUGACUUGAGUAUGUGCUUGAUUAGGUGCAUACCAUUUGCAGAACAGCUUACACUUUUGCUUUGCCAGUGCUGGUUGGUAAUGGAGCCGGUGCUUUCAUGAGAGCAGUAAACUAUUUCAAAACAGGAACAUCCUUUGCAGUGACCCGUUAUUUGUGUUGGGCUACUAGUUGCCAUCUUAAUCCCGAGAGGUGAAACAAAUAGACUAGGAUAGCAAUUUAUUCUUAGAUGAAAACCCCCACCUUUUCCCUUCUCCCUUUGCGUACAAUGAUAUUAUUCAAAGAAAAGGUUUUUAAAUGCUGCAUGGAAUGCUCCCAUCAUAUAUACACUUUAUGAGAAGUAUAUAUGGAUAUACUGUAAAUGGAUGGCAGUAUAUUUGAGGAUGCAAUUGUAUGAAAAAAAGAAUGCUUACAUUGGAAAUCUGUACUAAUUUUGUAUGAUAGAAAAUGCAGAUUUUGAGUGAAAUGUAAGCAUGUCCAGAGAAUUAUCUGUAGGCCUAUAAACUCUUUGAACUCAGUGCCUCUGCAUGCAACAAUUGUAUCAUCACCUACAUGUGUGUAAACCAAACUCUCUUAUAUUUCAGCUACAGAAACACAAACUGUCAUUGCAGUUUUUGUUUUUUGUUUUUUUGCCCGUUUUUUUUAUCUCAAAUGUUGCAUUUAUCCAAGAAAAAUACUGGGAUGCAACCCCACAGACAGUAGCUGAAUUACUACAUAAUCAGAUCAAAAGAAUCGUAUUAAAGUACAUCAUCAGACUUUCAAGUAACAGGGCUAACUUGUUAUUAUGUUUUAGGAAAUCGAUCAUUUUUUUUGUUCCCCUCUGCAUACAAACUUUACAGCGCAAAUGCAUUUUGCACUUUCCAGUCUUUGACACCUUAUUUGACAAUGAAGGAAUGUGUUACAUUACGGUCAUGUUGGGUUUAUUGGACCAAAGUCCUAUAAUACAGCGUAGUAACUUUGAAGAGAGCAGGUCAAAGAGAAGGUCCUCAGUGGUCUUGCCAUACAAUAUUGUAAUAAUUUGUACAGUUUCUCACUUGCUUUUGUUAAAAAAAAACAAACUGUAGCUAUUUAUCUGUAAUUGUAGCUUUUGUCUUUGCCUUUUGAGGAUUAAAAUGCUAUAUACCAGUUAUUGGCCCUCAGCAUUGAUCUAUUAUGUAUAGAUUAUACGUACUUGCAACUCUGGUAUUGACCACCUCUCUUGUCAGGAACACAGAGAUCCAGGGACAUGUUUGAUCUACCAUGGGCUAUUAAUAUAAUGCAAAAUAUCCAACUGUGUAACAUUAAGCUCUGCUCUGUUUAAAAGAGUAACACAUUAGGUAUUGUAAAUACUGUUGUUAAUGAUUAAUAUAGUAGAUUUCUUACAUUGAACCUGUUUCAAGUUUCGUUACUGAUGUGUCAUGAAUGUGCUCAAAGAUUUAGAAUAGACGGAGAGAGAAUUUCUUUUGUGAUUAUGUGAUGAGGAUUGCUUUUCCACAGACAUGAUUUAAAGGUUUGUUUUGAUCUAGGGGUCGGCUUAAUAUGUGUAUCUAUGAAGUUGUUGUCAUCUAUUGAGGAUGCUGAGUUCAGUUAAGUUUACUCUUCUAAAUCAAGAAUCAAGACUCCUCAUUGUAGUGGUGCACUUUUGACUAUCCAGUUGCUUUUGCUGACCCUGCAGGGCAAAGUUAUUUUACUAGUUGUAAAACAAAAUGAAGCUUUUCUUUUUAGUGCUGUGGCUGCUUUGACGUACACCUGCCGUGUUAAUUGAGAGGUGAUUGGCUUUUCUGUUUUCUUUUUUCUUUUAUUCUUUUGUAGUAAACCUGCUGUACUUUGAUUUUGUGAUUGCUGUAUUGUUUGAAGGAAAGUCUUUAAACAUGAGUUUAGCGUUAUUUCUAUGGAUAGAAGGACCAAGCCUUUCACUCCUCCUUCCCUGAUGCAGUUUGUGUUCGGGCCAGACUGUUGUGCUGUCUCCUUGAAAACUGGGACCUGUCUCACAAACCAGAAUCACUGAGUUAGAUGGAGCACUUUGCUGAGUAAAACCACGGCUCAUUGUACUGCAGUAAGGUGCAUGUGUGGUUCUGGUUUAUCCAGCUUUCUUCAUUAUAAUCCUGCUUUGUGAAACAGACCUCAGAAGUGCCAUUUUUGUUUAGCUGCUGGAUGUUGCUCUCAGUUUUUCCACUUAUCUAUUAUGUAUUUGUCAUAUUUUUACUGCCCUUUGAAGUUAAUUUGGUUCUUUGUUGUAAUUAUUGUUUCACUUUUUUUUCUGAAUUGGACAAAUAAACUUUAGUAGCUAUUGAAA